AUGAGAUAUGUGGCAGAUGACAAAGAAGAUGAUGUGUUGAAGCUUCCACUCAUUUACUUAAUGGAUUGCACACUGAAUGACUGCAGUAAUACCCUAAAAUCAUUGGCGCAGAGGGAACUUUAUCCAUCUCUGCUGUUAUUUCCGGCAGAAAAGAAAGAUGCUGUAUUUUAUGGAGGAGAUAUGACAAUAAUUGAUAUCAUCAAGUUUAUGGUUGAUCAUGGAAGUAAUUCUCAGAGUCUUGUCCAGGGAAAAGUGAUUGCACGGGAAAAAUCAUAUUUCUUGCCAAAAGCCUUCAAGGGAUAUCACAGGGACACUCGUUUGUUUGUGGAUGAUGUCAUUCUGAAUUACAUGGCAGGCAUUCUAUGGACCGGAGCUGAACGCGGAGGCAGGGAUCAGAACUUGUACAAAGAAGCACAUCUGGCAGAAGAAAAAUACCAUGUAAUUCUACUUAAAGAUAGGACACCAAAAAUAUCAGUCAGAUAUAGUCAGAUCAGACCUCGUACACUGAAUGUGUCGCAAGACACAUCAGCUCAAUUGGCUAUUGGUUCCAUCCUUACUGCAACAGACAAGCUUCUCAAUGUCCACCCAUUUGAUAAAUCCAAGAUUCUCAUUGUCAAAGUGAAUCGAAGUACAGGAUUUCAAGGGCUGAUGAUUAACAAAAAUAUUAGUUGGGACUCUCUGGAGGAACUUGGAGAAGGUUUAGAAGUGCCAAAAGAGUUACCUCUAUCUUUUGGGGGUCCUGUCAUGAAACGUGGAAUGCCUCUUGUUUCUUUGGCCAGAAAUUGUAGUAAUGAGCAGUGCAUGGAAGUCUUACCGAAUAUUUACUUUCUUGAUCAAUGGGCAACACUUCAUGCUAUAGAACAGGUCAAAUCGAGAAAUCAAUCUAUGGAUGACUAUUGGUUUUUCGUGGGUUAUUCAAGUUGGGGUUGGGACCAGCUAUUUGAUGAGAUUGCUGAAGGAGCUUGGAGCAUUAGGAAUGGGGAUUUGGAACCGUUAGACUGGCCAUGGCGAUGA